UGAAGAUCUUUGACUUUAUACUAUGUCUGUGCAAAGCUUUGCUUCGCAGUUGGCAACACGUGUAUGAGAACCGGAAGUUUUCUGGGGAUAAGGCCUUUCGGCUGGAGGCUUGAGUACUAGGGAGACCAUGAAGCUGAACAAGUUGGUGUCGUCGUCGCGUAGGAAGAAUCGUAAGAGGCACUUUACAGCACCAUCGCAUAUCAGAAGACGUUUGAUGUCUGCGCCCUUAUCGAAAGAACUUCGACAAAAGUACAAUGUUCGUACGAUGCCAAUUCGUAAAGACGAUGAAGUACAGGUAGUGAGAGGCCAUUACAAAGGACAACAGGUGGGAAAAGUUGUCCAAGUUUAUAGGAAAAAGUUUGUAAUUUAUAUUGAAAGGAUUCAGAGAGAGAAGGCUAAUGGUGCCAGUGUCUAUGUAGGAAUCCAUCCAUCAAAGACAGUAAUUGUGAAACUAAAGAUGGAUAAGGACCGAAAGAAGAUAAUAGACAGGAGAUCGAAGGGCAGAUUGGCUGCUCUUGGGAAAGAGAAGGGAAAGUAUACUGAAGAAAGUGCUGCAGCAACUGCAAUGGAAACAUCUUGAAGAGAACUGUAAUUGUGAUCGUUAAUAAUAAAAAUUUCCAAAGAA